AUGCCUAAAAUCACCGAGAUCUUCUUUGAUUGUGACAAUACUCUUGUCCUCUCGGAAGAGUUGGCCUUCGAGGCCUGCGCCGACCUGGCCAAUGAGAUCCUCGAAUCACGCAACAUCGAUGUCCGCUAUACCGGCGAUCAGCUUAUCAAGGACUUUGUCGGCCAGAACUUCCGCGGCAUGAUGGUCUCCUUGCAGUCCAAGUUCAAUUUCGAGCUGGAAAAGGAUGAGUUGGAGGCUUACGUCAAGAAAGAGGAGGACAAGGUCAUUGCGAAGCUCGAGGCCAAGGCCAAACCAUGUGUCGGCGCCAGCGAGGUCCUAGAGCGACUCUAUGCCGCCAAGAAGUACGGUUUCGCCGUCGUCUCCUCGUCGGCCCUCCGUCGCGUCGUCGCCUCCAUCAAGAAGGUCGGCCAGGACAAAUACUUUGACGCGGAUAAGGUAUACAGCGCGGCUACCUCUCUGCCAAAGCCUACCUCCAAACCUGACCCGGCUAUCUAUCUCUACGCCCUCCAGCAAGUCGGCAAGACUGCCGCGGAGACGGUCACCAUCGAGGAUAGCAAGUCUGGUGCACUCUCCGCAAUCCGUGCCGGUAUUCAUACCAUUGCCUAUGUCGGAAGCUAUAAUGGCAAGGAGACACAAGACGAAAUGGCCAAAGUCCUGACUGAUCUCGGAGCAAAGGUCGUCAUGUACGACUGGGCCGAGUUCGACAAAUGCCUCGAAUUCAUCGAGAACUCCCCCGCCGAGGUUCCUCAGUCCAGCCUGUGA